AGGCAGAGAGAGACGGAGACUUGUUUUCUGUGUUUAGGAUCAGCAUAUCAUUAUCAAUCAAGUGGGAAAAUAAACAAGGCCAUCGAGAGCUGCCUCUUUCUCCUACAACGACUGAUUGGAAUUAACUCUUAUAUUUCCAUCGGGGAUUUCAUUCACGCUUCUGCAGGAGGAUCCUUCUGUUGAGGAUUACUUUACACUGUAAAACUUUUUUUUCUUUUACCCUUUCUGUCAAAAACUCGUGCCUCAUAUGGGAAAGUAGAGAGGCAGAAGACAAGCGCACCAAAGGAAUCCUCCAUCCUCCCUCCUUUACCUUGACUGUGACUUAAAGGAAAGCUUUUAAAAACUUUCUCCAUGAGUGUUUGAGCCUGGCUACUCGGACCUGUGGAGCUUUCACUGCUUGUUGAAGGGGCUGUCAACACAAUGGGACGUCUGUCUCUGCUCCUGGUUGUCACUCUCUCCCUGCUCACCUGCCAGGUUUUGUGCUCCGGAGUGUUUGAGCUGAAGCUGCAGGAGUUUCUCAACAAGAAAGGGGUGACGGGGAACGGCAACUGCUGCCCCGGAGGCUCCGCUCAUCCGCAGGGCCACCAGCAGUGUGAGUGCAAGACUUUCUUUCGGAUCUGUCUGAAGCAUUACCAGGCCAACGUCUCCCCAGAGCCUCCCUGCACCUAUGGCGGGGCCGUGACUCCCGUCCUCGGCUCCAACUCCUUCCAGGUGCCGGAGACCAAUGCGGACACCUUCACCAACCCAGUCCGUUUUCCCUUCGGCUUCACAUGGCCAGGGACGUUUUCACUAAUCAUUGAAGCUCUGCACACUGACUCCCUGGACGACCUGACAACAGACAACCCAGAGUAUCUGAUCAGCAGGAUCACCACUCAGCGUCACCUCACUGUGGGAGAAGAAUGGUCCAAGGACAUGCAGACAGCCGGCAGGACGGAGCUGCGUUACUCUUAUCGCUUCCUAUGUGAUGAGCACUACUACGGUGACGGCUGCUCUGUCUUCUGUCGGCCACGAGACGAUGCAUUUGGGCACUUUACCUGUGGCGAGCGUGGGGAGAUCAUAUGCAACUCUGGCUGGAAGGGACAGUACUGCACUGAACCAAUCUGUCUUCCUGGCUGUGAUGAAGAACAUGGCUUCUGUGAUAAACCAGGAGAGUGCAAGUGUCGUGUGGGCUUCAGUGGGCGUUACUGUGACGACUGCAUCCGUUACCCGGGCUGUCUCCAUGGCACCUGCCAACAGCCCUGGCAAUGUAACUGCCAGGAGGGAUGGGGCGGGCUUUUCUGCAACCAGGAUCUGAACUACUGUACGCACCAUAAGCCCUGCCUUAAUGGAGCCACCUGUACCAACACUGGCCAGGGAAGCUACACUUGCUCCUGUCUACCUGGAUACACAGGUGCCAGCUGUGAGAUCCAGGUGAACGAAUGUUCUGAAAACCCCUGUCGUAACGGAGGCAGCUGCACUGAUAAUGACAAUGGCUACAAGUGUACCUGCCCACCUGGUUUCUACGGUAACAAUUGUGAGUUGAGUGCCAAUACCUGUGCAGAUGGGCCUUGCUUCAAUGGCGGACGCUGUGUCGACAACCCCGAAGGUGGCUACUUCUGUCAGUGCCCCAUGGGAUACGCUGGCUUCAACUGCGAGAAGAAAAUUGACCAUUGCUCCUCCAACCCCUGUUUAAAUGGUGCAGAUUGUGUGGAUCUGGUGAACUCUUACCUCUGUCAGUGUCCAGAGGGAUUUUCUGGUCCUAACUGUGAGGACAGCAGCAGCAGCAUCUCUGGUUUCUGUCUGUCCUUUCCUUGUCAGAACGGUGGGACGUGUCAGGAAGGCGUGAACGGCUACACCUGUACCUGCCCUCCAGGCUAUACCGGCAAAAACUGCAGCUCCCCCAUCUCGCGCUGCCAUCACAACCCCUGCCAGAACGGAGCCACCUGCCAUGAGCGCAGCGGCCGUUACAUGUGCGCUUGUGUGCCUGGCUACGGUGGUCACAACUGCCAGUUCCUGUUACCACAUAAACCCGGGCAUCAGCCAGUUGUGGAUGGACCGGAUCGGCGAUAUUCUCCUUCAGGAAAUGGAAAUGUUGAAGACGAGGAGGAUGACGAAAGCAGAUUCCCAUGGACGGCUGUGUGCGCCGGUGUCUUCCUUGUUCUUGUGAUCCUGAUCGGCUGCUCAGUGCUGGUGGUGUACGUUCGGGUCAAACUGCAACAGCGGCAAAGUCACCACAGUGACAGUGUCCACAGUGACAGCCACGAGACCAUGAACAACCUGACGACCACAAACAAUUGUCUCCGCAUUGACAAGGAACUGGGCGCUACAGUGACAAUGUCAAUUAAAAACACCAACAAGAAGGCAGAUUAUCAUUCAGACCUCGCUGGGUCACUGGGCGGUCUUAGUGGUAUCAGCGGGCUCAACGGAUCAGAGAAGAACGGCUUUAAGACUCGCUAUCCCAGCGUGGAGUACAACCUGGUCCACGAGCUCCGGCCUGAGGAGCUGUUGCUGUGUAAAGAGGAGGAGCAAGAUGAGCCAGAGGUCAAAUGUGAAAUGCUGGAUGAGUUCGACUCAGAGGAAAGACACAGGAAGAGACAAAACAGUGAUGCAUCAGAAAAGAAACAUGUGGAAGAGUCGCCAAGCUGCAGCGAAGCAAAGUAUCAGUCAUCCAGCGAUCUGAACUAUCAGGCAGCAAGUGACGUCAAAUACCAGUCAACCAGUGAUGCUGAAUACCAAUGUCCUAGUGACAGCCGGUACCAGUGUACCACCGACACCAAAUACCAGUCCGUUUAUGUCAUAUCGGACCAGAAGGAUGAAUGUAUCAUUGCUACAGAGGUAUGAUACCAGUCCAGACCAGAUCAGAGGGGACCAGUUUGCUCUGGUUGAGGGCGGUCCACCCACACCAGCCCUGAGCAGUAGAGCUCAGCUUGUCUCCAGGAGGUUCUACUCCUGCUGUUUGCUGCUGUUCCCUGGGAUUUACCGGAGGACUUUGAGCCAAGGUGCUGCUGAGCCAGCACAGAGUCAGUACCAACUUGGCGAGGACUUAGUACUAAUGUAGUGCUACGGGUGAAUACUGGACAUUUUUGAUCCUCAUUGGAUGAUGGUCUAAUACUGACUCAGUGCUAUGGACAAAGUGCCAAAAGACAGUGCUAGCAAUUGUACAAAUUUUGUACAGAAACAGUGCUGAACGAGUGCUCGUGCAGUCAAGCGAUGACUGCUGGAGAACUGAUAAAGAGCUUGCUCGAUGUCUGUUGCAGUACUGGAUGAUUUACUGCUCGUACCAGGAUGAACUCUUCUCUCCCGAUAAACAGUGGAGUAUUGACUUCGAUGUUGACCGAUGAUAUUGUAGUACCGUGGAGUACUGAUUGAAUGAACAGUGUAGUACCUUUGGAGUACUGAGAACUUUUGAAGUACUCUUGUAGUACUGUUAUGUGCUGUGGUUUUACAAUGCAGUGUCAUGGAUAUUGGACAGUUCCUGUUCUGUGCAGUGCUGCAGAGUAGAAGGUGGAGUUGUAGCAAUGUUAGAAGUGCGUUAGAACUGCAGCAGCUAAAAAUUCAUUCAAAAAAAUCUCAAUUGGAGCUUUCCUGACAAAAAAUGAAUAAAUAGAUAGAUAAAGCAGUGGGACUUCUACAACCGCUAUACAUCUUUAACUCUGCAGCACUGACAAAGACGGUGUUGGCUGAGCUGGUUCUCAGCAGAAAAUAGAGAACUGAAGACUCCAGUAGUGACUGCAGAUCGAUCCAACAUGGAUCCUGUUGGGCCAUACUGGCCUCUGACCCCUGAAGGUUGUGAUACACAGGGCAAUGUUUUGGGCAGGGCAACUCAGGAAACACUUUCAGCAUUGGAGGACAAAGAAAGGGAGACAAAGUGAUACAAAUCAGUCAAAACAUGAAUGAAGCUCAAUAUGAAUGAAUCUGUGAUUUCUGUUGUUGUGUAUCAAACAUAAUUUGCUGCUUAUCCAAUUACAACAAAAUCCCCAGAUUAGGUGAAAUUAAUGUUGCAUCAAUGUUGCAGCAACUCAAAAUUGACAAAUUUGUCUUGGUGCAAUUGUACCGACCUCUGCUGAUGCUGUCGUGUUUCAAGGUGAGCCAAGCUAUAACGGACUAGUCUUAACUGCCAAGACCUCAUUGCACUAUGGAGGUGUGUGUGUAUGAGUGUGUGUGUACAGAAGAGGUGAUGUCUUUGUGUGGUGUCAGAUGUAUGCACUGCCCACUCCUGUUCCCUUCACUCCCAGUCUUCCACUAUUAGCCAAUAGACGGACACCAUCACCCUACCUGCCAUUGGUUAGGAUUAUUUGUUUUUAUUUUAUUUGUUAUCUAAAGAAAGAUGUAUUCUUUUAAUUUAAUGAUGUAAUUAUUUGUGUUCCAUUUUGUUGUGAUGUUUUUGUUAAACCUGUUAUAAUUUAAGUCGGAUUGUUUUUAUUUGGCAGAUAAUGUAUGUAUGUAAGUAUGUAUGUAUGCAUGUAUGUGUUAGGCACUUGAGACCACUGUGACUGUGUUGUAUUUAAGAGAAGAGUCGUAUGUACAGAGCCUGUCAUUUUUAUUACUGGAAAACAGCGCAAUAUUUUUCCAAAAUAAAAGAGGAAUGAAAUAUGGAA